ACAGCGUGUGUCCCUAACUCUGUUGACGACAAGUACAAACACUGCACUGAAAAAAUGUACAAGAAGGUGCAGGAGGAGUAUCUUUCAAAUGAAUACUCCACUGAGGGGAUCUUCAAACAAGCCUGGAUGAAGGCAGAAGGAUGUGCAACUAUUGAGAAAGUGAAGAAACGAUUCCAAAAGGACAAGUCCAAGUACAAUAUCAAGGCUAUCUGUGCUUACUCAGCAGAGUUACCUGAGAUAUUCCCAGAGUUCAACCAAGAAGUCCGGACCAGUAGAACAGAGUACACCACCUCAUUCCCCUUCCACUCCCUUCAUUUCCUGCUGACUGAUGCCAUUCGCCUCCUGAAACUGAACCAAAAGACCUGUCACACCACGUAUCGAAGAAGCAACAUGGAGUUUGUUAGUAAAGUUAACAAAGUAAUCAGAUUUGGCUUCUUUGCCUCCAGCUCUCUCGACAAGGGAAUUAGUACAAGAUUUGGAGAGAAGUCUUGCUUUGAGAUAAAGACAUGUUUUGGCGCUGACCUGAAGUCCUUCCCCAAACUGGGGAAUCAUGAAAAGGAGGUGUUGAUUCCACCGUAUGAAGUGUUCAGAGUUACUGCUGUGCUGAAGAAAGAGAAUUAUAAAAACCUUUGGUGCGAUGUUGCGAUGUUGCGAUGUUGUAUCACCAAGCCCCGGAGUAACCUGAAUUGCAAACUUUUUAGGCAAACAAUUAUUAACUAAGAAAAUCUCUUGAUCUUGAGUCAUUGAUUUAAAUUAUAUCCAGGGACAAACAUUCAGGCUGCUUAUCCUCUUAAAGCCAAACAAUGUGUUUUCACUGUCUAAAGAUUUUAAUGUAGUAAGUAAUUGGUUCAUUGGUGAAUGUUAAAUACAAACCUUAUCCUGACUACCAGAAAUAGUGAUUAUUAAGAUGUGUGUAUUAACCUGUGUAUCAGACUCCAUAGGAGACUUUAAAGCACUUAUAUACCUUCUGCAGC